AGGGACUUCAUUCAGGUGACGGGAUGAUUAACGCAGGAGGAACUAGAUCUAAAUCAAAAUAUUAGGCUAGUGAUUACUUUGGACCUAGAAUCUAGUUUAAGUUCUUUUUUGUUUUUAAAAUGGCUGUUUUUCAUUAGAACCUUCCUUUUUUUUAAAAAAAAACCAUCAGUUAUUAUGCUGUUUGGCUUACAAAAAAACAAUUAGCUGGCUUGGAAAGCAUUAUUAAAAGAACUCUAGUUGCUGUUCAAGACUUGGAUAUUAGUGCCAACAAAUGGAAGCUGAUGAAGUUACUGUAGUUGUACAUGGAGCUAGGGGACUGCAAGGGAAGAAGCCAGGGAGGCAUAAAUUCUCCGUUAUUUUUGGUGUUGGAACUAAGAAGUACAGAACAACUGUUGUUAAAGAAGCCACUGGCAACCCAGACUGGAAUGAAGAGUCUGUUGUCCACGUAACCAAUGCAAGCGACCAUGUUUUCUUCACUGUGACUGAAAAGGAUGAUGUUCUUGGACAGAUUAUCAUCCCAGUUGCCUCCCUUCUCACAGUCAAAGGCGUUGUAAAAAAGUCUCCCCUCAAGCCUCACAAAAAGUGCCCGGCACCCCAGGGGGAGUUAAUCUUCCAGUGCUUUGUGUCCAAGCAGAGGCCAGUGAUGAUGUCCCCUCAGAUCAGGUCAAACAACGGCGGCGUCCAGCUUAGAGGCUUUCAACGUCUGAAACAAAACUUUUCACCCUCACCGGGGACGGUGAAAAAAGAAGAGAAAGAUGAAAAGAGAAAGUCCAGCUCCCUCGCAAACUUUAACAAAAAACUCUCCAAGUCCAUUCAUGAUAUCUUUCAUCUGGGUAGAUUUAACGGCAGUACGGAACAGCUAGAUGAAGACCAGCCUGGGAGUAAAAAUAAACGCUUCAGUCUCCGUUUCCCUAGUCUGGGAUCUGGUUUAGACAAUACUGGACGGGAAAUCCCAGUGGUCACACACAUUGUCCCCAACAUGGCCUCCAUACACGGAGGAACCAGAAUAGUCCUGGAAGGCCGGAACUUAGGCCUGGGUAAAUCUGAUAUUUUAGAGCUGAUACUGUGUGGUUCAGAGCUUGUAGACACUAUAGAGUUUGAGUCGGAGAAUAGAAUCUAUGUGACCACCAAACCUACCGCAGCAGGGAAGGGGGACCUCUGGAUUGAGACAGCCUCGGGGGGUCAAAAUGUCAUCAAAAACAUCUUCACAUUUGUGGAUAGAUCUGCAACCACAACCCCUCUGCCAGAUAAAAAGAUCUCUGAAAAUGGGUCCAUAUCCAGCCGAGGAAAGAACUCAGCCUUGGCUGAAAGUUUAGCAGACAAGUCUCCAGUUGCUGAAAACAAGGUGACCACAGAGAAAGAAGUCACUGUUGGUAUAGAGCGGUCAUCUUCACUCAAUCAGGAGGACAGACAAAGAAAAACAAUCCCUCUGUCAGGCUCUGCCACCUUACCCAGAAUUCAUGUGUCUUGUGAAGGGGAAGCAUCAAGUAGCACCUCAAGUCCUGGUGGGAAGUUCAAGAAAAAUUACCAGAAACACACUCGGACAGCUAGUGAAUCUGUGGUAGAUACAAAUAAGGAUACAGACAGCAAGAAGAAUGCUGAGAAAGCUGAACUUCAAGCUGAGAUCUUACGUUUGCACAAAGAAAAUCAAGCAUUAAAACAAGAAAACGCAGAUAUGAAAACCUACAUUGAUGGCCUGGUAGCAAGAGUUAUGGUGCAUUGUCCUGAGGCGCUGGCAGCUGGGGAUGAUUUGAAACCACUGGCCCCCAGAAGUUAACUGUGAGAGUGAGCGCUUUAUUUAUUCAUGUGUACGAGGUUGAUACGUUGGACUGCAGACUGAAUGGAAGAUGUAACAUAGAAUUUAAACUCUGUACAUAAUUUAUUAACAAUAUACUGCCUGUUCUGAAUAACAUAUUAAAUACAUAUCUUCUUAUAUUCAAACUAUUACCAAACUAAUAUAUUUACCCACAUUGUCCUUAUAUGCUAAAAGAAACAUGAUAAAAUGUGUUUGCUUUGUUGACUGCCUUUAUUCAGCACUGGCUGCUAAACAAAUUUUAAUUACAUAAUUUUUGUUUUGAAAAAAUAAUUUUCAGUUUUAAAAUAUACACAAAAUUUAAAUAAGGUUUCUAAAACACAUAAAACACAUAAUUUUAUUCUAUUGAGCAAAAAAAAAAAUUGCAACUUUUAAAUGGCAGCAUUACAAUGGAUUAAACUAAAAUGAAUAUUUUUAAAACUUAUCUAGUAUUGUUUGUUUACAUUUUUAAAGAAAGUUUACAUGUUUUCACUUAAAAUAUUUUGGCAGUUUAAACUGACAAGUUAUAUUUAUUAUAUUUAUGUAAAAAAAAUCAUUCCAAAAACAAUGAAUUUUUAAAUAACAGUAGCUCUGUGGCCUUGCGUGAAUAUGCCCAACAUCAUGUAAGCAGACAAAUACUAAAACAGCACCUGGGCGCUGGAUACAUGUCUAGUUAUCUCUUGUCUGCCUUGUUUGUUUCUAAGGUCUCUCAAUAUUCAAUUUUGCAAGUCAUGUUCCAGGUCGUCAAAGAAGUCACUGUUUUUUACGUAUGAAUUGGCUUACAUUGUUAGGUUAACAUUACAUAUCACCUACAGACCUCUCCUGCGCUAUUCCAGUAUGUUAACAAUACUCUUAUUUAUUUGUUAUUGCUGUUAGCAUAACUUCUUGUGUACAUUUUUUUCCUUCACUGACUUGAGUUGUGGAAAACUUUGUGUUACUGUUAUUAUUAUCUGUUGUUAAACAUUUCAUUUUGUAUAUUAGAAGUUGAAAGGAAUGGUGAUCAGAUAUAUUUUUUCAAAGCAUUUACCAAACAACUUUUCUGAAUGGUUGUGAAAACCUUGUUAUGUUUAUUUUGAUAUGCCUAGAAAAAAACUGAAUGUGUUAUAUGUUCUUAAGGUUAAAUGCUAUUAAACAACGUAUUUAAAUAGCUGGUUAACAUGAAAUGGGUCAAAUUGUAAUUCACUUUUUCAGCUCCUUAAAGUUGAAAAAUCAUGCUGUUGUUGGCGUUUGUAUUUUAAUUUUUUUUAGUCUUUCUUAUUGAGUUCCUUGUAUUUUAUUUCCACUUGGUUUUCUCUGUUAAGUUGAAAAUAAUUUUCCACUUUCCGUUGUUUAUUGUUGGGAAUCCCAACGUGUCAUCUUUCAACAAAUAUGUGCUUUGGUUUUGGGCUUUUAUUUUUUUAUUUUGCUUUUGGAACAUUGUUCUUUCCUACCUUUUACUUGUGAUGUUAUUGAAUAAAAUUAAAAGACUGAUUACAAACUCAUUACAAUGCAUAAUCUGCAUAAUCCUUUUUUUAGAACCUUUUUAACACCUUUUUAAUUUAAAAAUAUUUUGUUAAACAUCAACAUUCUAUUGUUUUGAUAAAGUUCUUACUUUCAUAAAACUAAUGGAAAGGAUUAUAUUUUACUGUAAGAUCUCAUUAUUGUUUACAUUCACAUUAAUAACAGUAAUUUUAAUAAUUAUGCUAACUUGAAAAUUAUCAAAUACUUAAAAAAAUAUUUUAAUUAUUAAGAUUGAUUAUGAUUGGACUACAUAUUUCCUUGUUGGUUUAUAUAGAUCUGAUAAAAUUUGAGUUGCUUGAUGUUAUGUUGUACUACUCUUUCAUUCUCUUUGUUUUUAAAAAAAACUAUUUGUUAAAAUUGUACAAUAACAUUUUUAUUAUGCAACAUGCUAUCAGUAAAGUAUAUUAGAAACAUAUCUUAAAAUCUGACAACCUUUUUGCUUGUUUACUAUUUCAGAUCUUAACUAUAUUUAUAAAUGUAUCUUAUUUUUAACCAAUGUAAAGUAAAUAAAAAAAUUUUGAUAAGUUUUAUAAAUGUGUAUUAUUCACAUAAAUACCUGUUGCUCUUUUCAGUGAACCAAAUGAUGUAUGUGAAUUGUGAAUGGUUUUUUUUUCAUCAGUUUAUGUAGUAGAUGUUUUCAUCCAAACUGUAAAAAAAACUUAGCCAAAAAUAAUGGAACUGUAAUGUCUAGUGAUUUGCUGGGAAUGCAAUCCAGUGUUCUCCACAGAAACUAUUUUAUACUACUAUGCAGCACUUGGGCCUGUAUAGAUAUUUUGAUAUGAUUUAAAUUUAGUGAAUGUUUAUAGAAAACAUUUACAGUAAAACAAGAUAUUUUGUACAAUAUAACUGCUAGAGCGGAAGUACUGUUUGUCUGGCACACUCAAACUGCAGCAAUGGAUUUAAACCCCAAAGUCUGUUUCUAUCUUUAAUUUUCUGUGGUUUUAUUCAAAGUCCAAUGUCUUAAAAUAGUUUUUAAUGAUGCAGUUCAAUAACUGUUUUGAUGGUUGGUUGGCAUAUAACAAACAUAAUGAAGUAGUUACAAUUCAAAGUCAGAAUGUUUUUAGAUAAUAAUUUUUUUGAAAGUGAAUACUGAUUAUAAUUUACUUUCAUCUUGAUGCACCUUAUGAUAUCAUUUUUGUCUAAUUUGUUUUUAAAGCCAGUUGAUAUUCUGUUCUGUAGUUCAAAAUUAUGGUUGUGAAAUAUGUACUGAAAUAAAAAAACUAUGCUCGACAAUUGUUUUCUAGGUUUUUGGAACUUUAACUACAUUCUAUUUUGCUUUUUUUAUUAGAAGACUGUUUUAUUGUAGUAUUUUGAUUUUACAUACUUUGAAAUCUGUUUUUGUAACAUGCAGUUUAUAUUUUUUAAUUUAUAGGUGUAAAAAAAUAAUUAAAUUCAAAUAUUGUUACAAUCAAGAAUAGGUUUUCUUUUAGAUGUGUAAUUUUCAUUUCAUAAUUUUUUACUAGCACAUUUAAUUUCAAACUCUGCCAUAUUCUCUCUAUUUUAUGAUUGUAAAAUUUUAAUCUUUGGAUCUCUUGGAGUGCUUUAUCUCAGUGUAUAUUUUUGUGUUGAAAUUUGCAAUAUAUUCACUAAAAAAAGCAACAAAGAAUUAAUUUGUAAAAGAUAAAUGAUGCCUUAAAUAUAAAAGCUGUAAAAUUGUAAAGAAUAUUUUUGGAGAAGUAAAACACAUGUAAAAUAUAUUUUCCAGUAUAACUAUAACAUGGAUAAUAUAUUCAAUUUAUGGGUUUAAAGUUUUUUGAAAUAUUAAUUUUUUCCAUCAGGCCUACUGUGAAAAGUUACAUUGCUGUUAUGAUUUGAAAAAAAAAAUAUCCUUAAAUUUUCAGUGUAGAUGAUUUUUAAAAAUAUGUAUCAACUACAAUCAUUUAUGUAUAAAUUGUUGGGUCAGUAGAACUUUCCUGUGGUGCAUGUUUUUGUUGAUAUGUAAUUUGAAUGUAAAUAGUAAGUUACACAUUCCAGGAAAGUACUUAUAAUCACUAAAAUUAAAAAAUAAAAUUACUUUGUACUUCACAAUUUA